CAGGCGCACCGGGUCGCACGCGCCCCCGUUUCUGUCCGCCGCUGUAGCGGCCUGCGGAAGCCCGUGAUUUACUCAAGCCGACAUCGUCUGAGAUCCGCUUCACGGCUCCAUGUUCCCGUCGUGGGGCCUGUACGGGGCGGCCCCCGGGUCCUACCCUCCGCCGCCCACAAUGAUGCCGCCUCCACCAACGUUGCCUGGGCCUCUUCCAGCCGUGCUGCCUACCGCGAUGCCGCCGCAGGUCCCGGUAGUGCCCCCACCACCUGCCCUGGGUAGCUACGUGCCCACCUCGACGACCCCCGCCACCGCCGGCACGGCGGGCUUUCUAAGUCUGCAGGAGCAGCACCUGGUCCAGCUGCAGCAGCUCCAACAAAUGCACCAGAAGCAGCUGCAGUCGGUGUUGCUAGGGGGGCCUCCUCCACCCGGCGCGCCUCCCCCGAGCCUGCCACCGCCCGUGCCCAGCACCUCUACUGCUCCUGCUUCUUGGCAGCCGCCGGUACCUGCCGGUCCACCACCAGCGCGCAGCUAUCAGAAGCAGUUUAAACACCGCGACCCUCCAGCCCCACCUCCGCCCCGAGAAACACAGUUCCGCAAUCCCCCGAUGCCUCCUCUUUCUCUCCCAGAAGAGGUUGCAGAGCCAUCUCAUUCUCCUGAAGACUGGGAACCCCUUGUCCCCUCGACUAGCCCCCAUCCCCACAUGGAUAUGGACAUGGAUCUGUCCUCUCCGCCGCAGUCCCCUCCCCAGUCUUAUAUGCCCCCACUUGAGAGUGACUCCUAUAUACCCUCCACUCAGCCUCUGUCAUCACAGAGUCAGACUCCUCCAUCAUUAUCUUACCAGAGCCAUUCACAACUGUCGCAGGCAGUUCCACAGACCUUUGCAGACCCUUCAGCUGUUUCUCAGUCUUAUCUGACCCAGGCCCAGUCUUACCAGCCUACUUCCCAGUCUUCAUCCCAACCAGGCCAGCCUAUUGCUCCAUCCAUUUCACAGUCUGAAUCUCGCUUCACCUCAUCUCAGAUGACACAGCCCACUCCUGAACCUCAGGACUUAAGACAAAGUAGUGGUCCAGGCACUGAUACAUGUGAGCGACAGCAAAGCACCUCACAUGCAGAUCCCUCUGCAAUGACCCCACAGGAGCAGCAGCAGUAUUGGUAUCAACAGCAUCUGCUUACUCUGCAGCAAAGGGCAAAAGCACAUGCUCAGGGUCAGCAGCCACCCUCAGUUUUAGGAGUUACAAAUGAUGCUCCUGAGCAAAGGAAAGAAGAAAGAGAAACAUCUGUUUCCGAUGACCUUUCUCAGCAGUAUGAACCCCAAUUACCAAAGCCCAAAGAUGGUAACCUUCCUUCGUCAUCUGUUGAGCCCAAGCUGAACAUUGAACCACCAGAGGAUCCUGAAGAAAGUUUGAGAUUACAGCAGUUGCAGGCCGCUGCAACACAAUGGCAGCAACAUCCACAGCAGCGAGUAGGUUUCCAGUAUCAGAGAAUAAUGCAGAAGCACUCACAGUUACAACAAAUGCUACAACGCUAUCAACAGAUUAUACAGCAGCCACCACAUUUGCCAACAAUGUCAGUGGAGAUGCAACUACAGCAUUAUGAGAAUCAGAAUAAACAAUUCCAGCCUCUUUACAAAGAGUGGGAACGUGAAUUUCAGCAGUGGCAAGAUCAAAUUCAGGCCUACCCUCACAAAGACCAGCUUCAUGAGUGUGAGAAACAGUGGAAGAUGUGGCAGGGACAGAUGAAAGCCACUCAUACUCACCUUCAGGAAAAAGUGAAAUCGCUCCGAAACAUGAACAAUCAAUAUACUGGGAAUGUACCUUUGCCACCCCAGUUUUCUUCAUAUUCUCAAACAAUGCAAAGCGGUAUGCCCAUUGCACCGUCGACUUUGCCCUCAGCUACCCUUCCCCCAGCAUGCACUGGAUUCUCUUCAGGUCCUCAGACAUCUGAAAUACCUGUUGCAAAAGAAUCUACUCAGAGUACCCAGGGCACUGAAACAAGGCCAGUUAUGUUUCCUGCACCUAGUUCUUUUAAAUUUAAAAUUAGUGAGUCACUUCCCACUUCCCAAACCACGGAGAUGGCUAGGCCAGCUCUACUUCCUACCCCUACCUCUUUUGCAUACAAACCACCUGAGUCUUCUGCCACCUCCCAGACCAUGGAGACAACUAGGCCAGCUCUAUUUCCUACUCCUGGUUCUUUUAUGUUUAAUGCUACUGAGUCACUUCCUACUUCCCAGACUACAGAGAUGGCCAGGCCAGGUCUGCUGCCUACCCCUACCUCUAUAUCUUUUGCAUUUAAAGCAACAGAGGCUUCUGCCACUUCACAAACCAUGGAGACAGCCAGGCCAGCUCUGCUUCCUACCCCUACUCAUUUUUCUUACAAAAGUACUGAUUCUUCUAUCACCUCUCAGGCCACUGAGACAACCAGACCUGCCCUGCUUCCUACUCCUACUUCUAUCUCUUCCUUUUCAUUUAAAGUUAAUGAUUCGGGUCCCAGUUCCCAGGCCACUGAGCCAACUAGACCAGCUCUUCUUCCCACCCCUUCCCCUGCUUUUUCUUAUAAAAAUAUUGAUACAUCUGCCACUUUGCCUUAUCAUUCAAAUAUGAGUUCAUCUACUAGCUCUUCCGACCAAGGCAGUUCUUAUGUACCUUUGGGCAAGCAGGCAAUGCCAUUUGGCGCUCUCUCAUCUGAAUUAACUUCUGCUGAAAUGAAAUCCCAUUCUGCAGUGUCCUCAUCAUCUGCAUCUUCCACCAUCACCACCAGUACUACCACCUAUCAGAACAGAGUGGUGAGGCCAGCUGGGUUUCCUGAUUCGACCAGAGGAUCCUACUAUGAAGGCCCAAGAGGCCCAAGGUUUGAUGGACCACGAGGAAGAGGCUUUGAAAGAUUCGAACCUCCAAGACAGAGAGGCCCUCAUUUCCACGGUCAACGUCUAGAAGGUCCAAGGCCAAGGCUUCAAAAUCAGCACAUGGAUGGAUCGUCAGGCAAGCAGGGAACAAUCCCUCGAGGGCCAGCAGCAGCAUUUUAUACCCUCUCAGGUGCACCACAAAUGCAGUCUUCCCAGGGAAGUGGACCACGGUGGCGGGGGCCUAGAGCCUCUCUGGGACAACAGAACCAUCAAUCAGAAACUAAAGAACCUUUUGCUGAUAUGGCCAGCAGCCAGGCUGUGGCAAAUAAAUCUAAGUUUACACCAGAUACUAAACUUCCUUGCCCAGUUCAGUCAGAUAAGAGCCUGCCUAAAGCACAGCAAAAUAUGCCCCGAAAAGAGGGCAGAGAGGUAGUAUCAGAAGUGAAGAAACAGAGUUCCACUGAGUCUGUGUUGCAGACAGAAGCAUCAAAAACAUCCGCUCAUACUACAGCUGGUCUACAUCAGACACCAGUUUCCUCUCUUCUUCCAAAACCAGGAGUGAAGAAAGCAUUACUACCUUCACCCAUAAUAGGAAAUAAAGACUUGAAUUCUACAGAAAAUAAAUUGGCCUCUUCAGAAAAUAACCAGAUCAAGGAACCAUCUAAAUUAGAGAGCAGGGAGAGGGGGCCAAUUAAGCCAGGAGAUAAUCAAGCAAAAGGACCGGCUGGCAGAGGCAGGGGCCAAGGUAGAAUGGAAGACACCAGAGGCAGAGGUCGGGGCCGACUGGAUGAUGUCAGAGGGCGGGGAAUUCCAAAUAGAGGUAGAGGUCAAACCAGAGAUAUAACUGGCAGAGAUGUAACCUGUGGGCCAGGAAUCCAUGACAAACUGCCAGAGGGUCAGGGAGGCAUCUGGGAAACUGGGAUGAGUGGUCAGUCAGGCAGCCAGGAAAGGGCAUUGGGUAGACGUUCAAGCAGCCAAGAAAGAGGGGUACCAGGUCCUCGCAUGGGCAGCAGAGAGAGAGGCCGUGCAAGUAGUCGAGAAAGAAGCACAAUCAGGCACCCCAACAGUCAGGAGAGGGGACUGGAUCGGCAGGUCAGUAACCGGGACAGGGGCCCAGGUCGUCGAGCUAGCAGCCGAGAGAGGGGCCCAGAUCGACGCCCUGGUAGCCGGGAGAGAGACCAAGUCAGGAGACCUAGCAGCCGGGAGAGAGACCUACACAGGCGUGAUGCAGGUCUUGGAGGUGAUAUUGAAAAUUUACCUUCAUUUCAUGAAGAACCACUCAGACAGCAAUGGACUUAUGAAGAGGGAGGACUAGAAGAGGGACAUUCAUAUGAAUACAGAGAUAUUCCUCCUCUGGAACGCAGACGACUGGAGGAUUGGGAAAGAGACCGAUACUGGCUUGAGCCUGAUGAACCAUAUCAUGAUGAUUCUCUUGAUCCAUAUGAGAGAGAUGACUUGUUGCCACACCGUCACCCAUUACCACCCCUUUCACCUCUGCCCCCUUUGCCUCCUUUACCUCCCUUGUCUGCAGAUAUUGAUAGACGAGAACCAUUUUGGGAUGACUGGGAAAGGCCAGUGGGUAGAGAAAGGGAGAUUGACAGAGACCUGGAUCGAAUCAGAAGACCCUUGGAUGUAUAUGAUCAUGAAUUAGAAAGAGACUGGGACAGAGAAUACAUAAGACCACUGGGGGAUAGGGAUACAUUAAGUUGUGAUCGGGACAUACCUCCUCUUCCACCUUUGCCUCCCCUUCCUCCUCUUCCUCCUUUAGACAGAUACCGUGAAGAUCGAUGGCUGGAAGAGAGAGAAAGAGAAAGAGAUUUCUAUGACAGAGAUUCUAGAGAUAGGGGGGAGCUCAGAAUUCGAGAGUAUCCCGAAAGAUGUAAUACAUGGAGGGAGCAGUCUGAUUUCCCACCUGACAGGGGUGAUUGGGAGAGAGAGAGGUUUUCGGAUAGGUGGUUUUCAGAUGAAAUGGACAGAUUUUCACCUUUAGAGGAUCGUCUGGAUCCACCACCCCUACCACCACGUUCAUCUGAAUUGCUGGAUGAAGAGCCAAACCUAGCCUCCGACCAAUCUCUAGGAGGAGUAAUGGUCCUUAGUCAAAGGCAGCAUGAAAUUAUCUUGAAGGCAGCUCAAGAGCUAAAAAUGCUACGAGAACAAAAAGAACAUAUGCAGAAAAUGAGUGAAUUUGUUUCUGAGCCCCAGAUACCUGAACGGCCACCACAGGAAAUGCCUAGAUCCCAAAGUACUGCUAGGAAGGAUAACUUUCAGGGCUCCUCUGAAAUGCAGCUUGAUAUACCAAUGGAGGAACAACCUAUCAAGCCUACUCCAGCUGUAAUUAUAAAGCCACCAGUCUUGUUUCGGAAGCCUACUCCAGCAACCAAGCCAGCUUCUAUAGUAACAAAGCCUUCUACCCCAGUGAUGAGGCCACCUGUGCCAGCUACAAAGGCUCCUCUCUCAGCAGCUAAGCUACCUGUUCCACCAACACAGCCAAGUAUUUCAAUUCCCAUUUCAACUGCAGCAGCCACUCAGGUCCCAGCUCCAGUGGUAAAGUCAUCACCUGGCAUAAGCCAAGAGCGUUGGGAUGAGGAUUCUUUCCAGGGACUUUGGGAUAGCAGUGAAGAUAAAAGUUUAAAAUCAGAGUAUGACUUGCCCUCAUCAGAUCCUUUGUUGCCAUCAGCAACAGUCCCGACAUCCUUUGCACCAGGAAUGGGACAACUUUCCAAGUCAACAAUUAUGCAUCAGACUGUUGACUAUGGACAUGGACACAACCAUGGGCAAGACAUAACCACCAGUAAAGGUGGACAAAUUCCUUAUGGGGAGCGAAUAACUCUACGUCCAGAACCUCCUCAUGAGAGGCAGUCCUUUUCAAAAGAACAUCUAGGUCAAAGAGAUCGAUACAUUAAGGAGAGGGAAGCUUACUUUGAGCGGCAAAAUAAUACCAAUAUAGAUCACAGAGAUUUCAGGAGAGAGCGAGAGCCAUACAGGGACCGUAUUUCUGGAGACCAUGAACGGGAAAGAUUUGACAAAGAACGCUAUCAACGAGAAGAUAGGCCAUCUCCCUCAAGAACUCAGUCUUACCGUGACAAAGACCAUUCAAACUCAAGAAGGGGAGGAUUUGAAAGACAGUCAUAUGAGAGAAAGCCUGAUCGUCCUCCCUAUGAUCAUGGACCUUCCAUGUUUGGAGGUGAAAGGAGAAAUUACCCUGAGGAUAGAAUGGCUAUUUCUGCUCCAUCAAUACCCCGCCAACCACCACCUGCCCCACGUGUAGAGAGGAAGCCAGAAUCUAAAAAUGUGGAUGAUAUAUUAAAACCACCUGGACGGGAAAGUAGACCAGAGAGAAUUGUCAUAAUCAUGCGAGGACUGCCAGGCAGUGGAAAAACUCAUGUUGCUAAGCUCAUCAGGGAUAAGGAAGUUGAAUGUGGAGGAGCUGCACCCAGAGUGCUCAGCCUGGAUGACUAUUUCAUCACUGAAAUAGAGAAAGAAGAGAGAGACCCAGAUACAAAGAAGAGAGUGAAAAAGAAGAUUUUGGAGUAUGAAUAUGAAGCUGAUAUGGAAGAGAUCUACCGUGCCAGCUUGUUCAAAACUUUCAAAAAAACUUUGGAUGAUGGGUUUUUCCCCUUUAUCAUCCUUGAUGCCAUAAAUGAUAGAGUACGCCACUUUGAGCAGUUCUGGAGUGCUGCAAAAACAAAAGGGUUUGAGGUCUAUUUGGCUGAAAUAACUGCAGACAACCAGACUUGCUGUAAGAGAAAUGUCCAUGGACGUAAACUCAAGGAAAUCAGUAAGAUGGCUGAUCACUGGGAGACGGCACCCCGACAUAUGAUACGAUUAGAUAUUCGCUCUUUGCUACAAGAUGCCGCUAUUGAGGAGGUGGAGAUGGAGGAUUUUGAUGCAAAUAUUGAAGACCAGAAAGAAGAAAAUAAAAAAGAUGCAGAGGAAGAAGAAAGUGAAUUGGGUUACAUUCCGAAAAGCAAAUGGGAGAUGGAUACUUCUGAAGCAAAACUAGACAAAUUGGAUGGAUUGCGAACUGGUGCUAAGAGAAAACGUGAUUGGGAGGCAAUUGCCAGCAGAAUGGAGGAUUAUCUUCAACUUCCAGAUGAUUAUGAUACCCGUGCUUCCGAACCUGGAAAGAAGAGGGUGAGGUGGGCAGACCUUGAAGAAAAAAAGGAUGCAGACAGAAAGAGGGCAAUUGGUUUUGUUGUGGGACAAACAGAUUGGGAAAAAAUCACAGAUGAAAGUGGUCAUUUUGCUGAGAGAGCCCUUAAUCGCACCAAAUACAUCUGAUGCAAUUGUCAAAUGGAACGUUUCUACCUUUAAGGUCAUUUGCUUUGGUGAGAACUGAACACAGGUUGGCAUGGAAUAUGUCACUCCCCUUCCUGAGAAUUGUGGGAUGUUUUUCUUUUAAAAAGUUUAUUUUAUUACGUUCCUUGAAAUUCUAACUGGUGAUAUCCAGCAUCCUCAAGUUAUAUGGAGUCCUCCUGCAUCUAAAUGUGAAAGAAGUUUUUUGUUUUAAAAUCAAUAGUCUUAGCUUUUAUGUGUGCAGUAGAAUGGAAAAAUAAGGCCAAGGACAUUUCCUCUGCUGUACUGUCACAGAAUAUUGGCAUUACCAUUGCAUUGUUGCUUUGUGGCUGUUAUUUUAUACUGUACAAACUUUUAGUUUAUUGUACUAGAAAAUGGAACAAUAAACUUUCACUAUGAACCCGG